AUGUGGGAAACGGGCGAGAAGGGCAUCUCGGGCACAGGCACGUUUUUGAACGGGCCCCCUUCGCCCAACACCACGCUCGACACACCCAUUGACCUGGGCUACAUUGUUAGCGGCCAGGUCAAGAUGGCGGAUCUGAUGAGCACUACUGAGGGCCCCAUGUGCUACCUCUAUUCACGGACUUCAACCUACCCAGAGAGUCUGCGACGACACCUGUCACCCCCACUCCCGCUUUUCUACAUCACGGACUCUCCGACCAAUAUUAUUGACUUGGAGCUCGCCUACAAACCAAACGGCUACUGCAUCUUUUGGGACUUGUCCAGGCUUCACUACUUCUGCCAUGCAAUCACGGAUCACCGUUAUCUUUCACCUUUGAAAAUUUCCGAGGUGACGUAG